GUCUGAAUAAAAUUUUGAGGGGAUUUAAAAUCAUAAAGCAAAUAAAGGAAUUACGAGAUAUUACUUUGGAAAUUGUAUCUUGAGUCUUGAUUAGGACAAAAGUACACCAAAAAAAAAAAAGAAAUGGUUACCGGACGUACAUUACAUUUUGUAUUCAAGAUACCCGAUCGCAGAUUGACGGCGAAAUUUUAUCGCGAAAUUCUUGGGAUGAAGGUUUUGAGACACGAGGAAUUCUCAGAUGGAUGUGAGGCUGCGUGCAAUGGACCAUAUGCAAAUCGUUGGAGUAAGACAAUGAUAGGAUAUGGCCCUGAGGAUACACAUUUUGUCAUUGAAUUAACAUAUAAUUAUGGAAUCAAGGAAUAUGAAACUGGAAAUGAUUUUAGAGCCAUCACUAUUCGUUCGAAAGAUAUCAUUGAAAGAGCACGCACCAAUAAUUGGCCAAUUCACGAAGAGGAUGGAAAAUUUGUGAUGCAAGCACCUGGUGGAUAUAAAUAUCACGUAAUUAAUGAGCAACGUCCUACUAAUGGUGAUCCAGUAGAGAAAGUUACUUUAUCCAGUUCUAAUCUUGAACGCACCAUUGCCUAUUGGAAGGAUAUUUUGGGAUUAAAGAUAUUUGAUCAGAAAGAUAAAAGUGUAUUGAUGGGCUAUAGUGAGGAUCAAACCAAGCUCGAAUUUGAAGAUAUUGGUACUGAGGUUAAUCAUGCAAAAGCAUACGGACGUAUCGCUUUCUCUGUACCAUUUUCGGAGCAACCAAUGAUUCAAAAAACUAUUAAAGAAAGUGGGAAUAAAAUCUUGACUGAUCUUAUAACUUUAGAUACACCGGGAAAAGCUUCAGUAAGAGUUAUCAUUCUUGCUGAUCCAGAUGGACAUGAGAUCUGCUUUGUGGAUGAUGAAGGAUUUAGACAACUAUCAGUACCAGAUUACCCAAGUGAAGCAAUUUUGGACAGAUUUAUUCAGAAGGAAGCAUCUGCUACAACAGAUAAUGCAUAAAUAAUUUUCUCUUCCAUAUUACAGUAUUUUCUUUUUAUUUUU